AUGCGCCGAACAAGAAAGGAUACAGCAGCUAAACAAGCCAUCGCGUCCGAGAUGACCCAGGAACUUGGCGUGGAUAACACAGCCCUCGCAAAGACUAUCGAGGAGAUCAUGUCCAAGUAUUUUGAAGAAGCGGACGAGAAAUUGGAAGCUCGAAGUAACAGACUCGUAAAACGGCUCGACAACAUGCAUGCCACCCUUUCUCGACACACGGAAGACAUUAAGGCUCUGCGCUCAGAUACCACGCAACUGCAAGAGCGUGCGUCUGGAACCGAGAUGCAGUUACAAUCCCUCUCCGAAAAAAUUGUGGAGAUGGAGGAUCGUUCGAGAAGAGACAACCUGCUCGUCUUCAACCUCAAGGAAGGGGUGGAGGGCUCUAACAUGGUCUCCUACCUGACGGAGAACGUCCCACGCUGGUUUCCUGCCUUUGGGUUGUUUGGCGAGCCUGGCGCGCCGCGCGCAGAGAUAAUGAGGGCGCAUCGGCUUGGCCCAGCACCAUCGAGGACCACUCCAAAUCCACGCCCGCGCCCGGUUAUCAUCAAGCUACUACGCUACACCGACAGGGAUCUCUUGCUGAAAGAAGCUCCAACCAUAAAGCUAUCCCGGGACCACGACAGCUACACGUUCAGCGAGCCAGGUGAGGCCGAAAAGUUUGUGGCUGCUUACAAAGCUGAGAACGGGUGA